UCUGCAACCAUUAAUAGCUUUAAUAUAUUAAUUGGAACUUUAAUAUCGUCAGAUCUAUCAAAUCCUUCAUCAGGUACACGACCAGAUUCAAAAGUGUCAGGUGUUGAGCAGAUCAAAACGGCUAAAAACAAUGUAAUAUCAUCAAAUGCUAAGCAAACCGAAGUUAUUAGAACAAAUAUAUCAACAACCAAUUCGAAUGCGCUCAGGAUAAACGCGUCAGCGGUAAACCCAGCAAUAAUUCAAGGAAAUAUGUCCGUAUAUGGCCCGUUAAAUCCUAUACCUCCUCACAUUGCGGGAGCCUUACCUGCUAAUACGUCAGGUCAAAUAAUUUCACCUCCACUGCAUCCACCUGGAUAUGCAUCGCAUCCAUGGGAGUCUAUACAACCACCUAGAAUUAUUCCAAACCAGCAGACAGGACAAAUAACGUCUUUUUAUAAUCCAAUUGUAUCUCAAGAACCCAUGAUUUAUCCGUAUGGAGCAAAUAAUAUCCAACUCCAAUAUGUUGGAAACACUUUUGGAUUACCACCAGGACAAUGGUCUCAACCAUAUACAUACGGAAGUCAUCCUCCUUAUCAGUGGACACAUCCCCAUGAUGCUCGAAACUCAUCAAUGAUUGUAGAUUCUCAGUGGAACGCAGCGCAAACAUCAUGGUCCAAAAG